UGGCUGGCGGCAGUGGCAGCUCUCGGGGCUGGCUUGUCAGUCAGUGAGAGGAGGGGGAAGAUGGCUCGCCAGGACCCGUUCUGUUAGGAAGAAGAGGGGCUGGGAGUGCUGCUACUGAGAGAAAGCCGAGCAGCCGCCGUCGCGGUCGUUCGUGAGGCGCACAGGUCGAGGUUCUGCCGCUGUAGCUCCCGGAGCUGCUCUGGUUGAAGGUUUGGAACAGAUGUGGAAAGAUGUUCACUUCAGAGAAAGGGAUUGUGGAGGAAUGGUUAUCAGAGUAUAAGACACUACCAGAAACAUCUUUACAAAAUUAUGCUACAAAUCUGAAAGACAAGAAUUCUUUAGUUUCAUCUCUCUAUAAAGUUAUCCAGGAGCCACAAAGUGAGUUGCUAGAACCUGUCUGUCACCAGCUCUUUGAAUUCUAUCGUAGUGGAGAGGAACAGUUGCUUCGAUUUACACUGCAGUUUCUCCCAGAACUGAUUUGGUGCUACCUUGCAGUCUCAGCCAGCAGAAAUGUGCAUAGCAGUGGAUGCAUUGAAGCUCUUCUCCUAGGAGUUUACAAUUUGGAAAUAGUUGACAAACAGGGACAUAGCAAAGUGUUGAGUUUUACGAUUCCAUCUUUAUCCAAACCAUCUGUCUAUCAUGAACCGUCCAGCAUUGGCUCCAUGGCUCUGACUGAGAGUGCACUGUCGCAGCAUGGUUUGUCAAAAGUCGUGUACAGUGGGCCUCACCCUCAGAGGGAGAUGCUGACCGCACAGAACAGGUUUGAAGUGUUGACAUUCCUUUUAUUGUGUUACAAUGCUGCCUUAACCUAUAUGCCCAGUGUUUCUCUUCAAUCAUUGUGUCAAAUUUGUUCAAGAAUCUGUGUUUGUGGAUAUCCUCGACAACAUGUAAGAAAAUACAAAGGCAUGAGUAACAGGAUACCAGUUUCUUCAGGUUUCAUGGUGCAAAUGUUAACAGGAAUUUAUUUUGCCUUAUACAAUGGAGAAUGGGAUCUAGCUCAAAAAGCAUUGGAUGAUAUUAUAUAUAGAGCCCAGCUAGAAUUAUAUCCAGAGCCACUGCUGGUUGCUAAUGCAAUAAAGGCUUCGUUGCCUCAUGGUGCCCUGAAAUCUAGUAAGGAAGGUACAAGGUGUAUUCAAGUUGAAAUCACACCAACAUCCUCUAGAAUAUCAAGAAAUGCAGUAACCAGCAUGUCAAUAAGAGGUCACAGGUGGAAAAGACACGGAAAUACAGAAUUAACAGGUCAAGAAGAACUGAUGGAGAUUUCUGAAGUUGACGAGGGAUUUUAUUCCAGGGCUGCCUCUAGUACCAGCCAGUCGGGUUUAUCAAACAGUAGUCACAAUUGUAGUAACAAGACAAGUGUAGGAAAGAACCAGAGACGGUCAGGAGGAAGCAAAACUGGAGGAAAAGAAAAAGAAACUACUGGGGAAUCUUGCAAAGAUCACUUUGCUCGAAAACAGACUCAGAGAGCCCAAAGUGAGAAUCUUGAGCUUCUCUCCUUGAAGAGACUAACUUUAACCACCAGCCAAUCCCUGCCUAAGCCCAGUAGCCAUGGUUUGGCUAAGACUGCGGCAACUGUAUUUAGUAAAUCCUUUGAACAAGUCAGUGGUGUCACAGUCCCACAUAACCCAACAUCUACUGUUGGUUGUGGCACUGGGACAGAUGCCAAUAGGUUUUCUGCUUGUAGUCUCCAAGAAGAAAAGCUUAUUUAUGUUUCAGAAAGGACUGAACUUCCAAUGAAAUAUCAAGCAGGUCAACAGAGACCUCCUAGUAUUAGCAUUACUCUGUCCACAGAUUAAUUUGUAACAUAUUUUUUUCUUCAGUGAAUCUAGAAACAUGGAAUCUAGAAACAUGACUACUUCUUUAUGAAAAUGUCUCUGGUCUUUCAUGCCUACUUCUGUCAGGAGCCCUGGUGUCCUAAAUUCCAAAGGCUCUCUUUAUGAGGGAAUGUCUAGUUUGCAGCAGGCUAAAUAUGGUUUUAUUAUCUCUUGGUUGUAUUUACCGCCUUGGUUUGAGUCCUUGUCUUUUUCUUUUUCUUUUGUUAUUUGAUACUGUUGCCCCAAGUUGUCAGUGUGACAAUAAAUUUUGCCAAAUUGAUCAAGUUGGUUACAACCAUGUGAGAUUGUCAGUUUGCUUUUUAUACCAAUGUCCUUAGGUGUCAAAGUGGGUCUCCACAUAAAGGUAACUUUUAUAAGGCACGAGGCCGAGGAUCCAGUUCCAGAAUUCCACAGCUAGCCUUCCAGGCUAUCCUGAAAAACAGGCCUGUGAGAAAACAAAAAUGAUGAGAAUGAAAAGUGCCUGAUUAAAAUAUUUAUAGUCAGAUCAUCUUUAAGAUUAGAACAAUUUGUUCAAACUGCUGGGAAAUGCCUAACAACUCAGUACCUGAACUAUGGUGUGAUUCCAGGAAAUGAGUAGGUACAUUUCUGUUAUUAUCUUUGAACAUUUUUAUGUCAAAAAUCAGAUUAAUGGUAGAUAUUUUGAAGUUUUUUAUCUGGAUUCUGCAGGUAAAAAGAUCUCUCAGAACCUAGAGUGGAAUAGGCCAAAAAGUAGACUGAUCCUGCUGCUUGAUUUUGGAAAUCCUAGUUAGGUUGGAUUCCUGUAAUUCAUAGCACAUGUCACUGACGGAUUUUUUGGAGAUCAUCAUAAAUCUUGCAACACAUCUGUCAAGAUACUAGUAUCAAUUGUAUUAUACUGAAUUGUUUGUCAGUAAAUGAAGGAAAUUAGAUACAUUUCUCAUGUAUAAAAUGUAAUGAAAGAAAAUGAAGGUAGUGAGAUAUGGACAAAGACAUUUGCAUAUUAACUAACUUAGUGUUGUUUAUAAUUGUGUUCUUAAGUUUAAUAUAAAAAAUAAAUAUAUUUCUUGUUUGUGAGCAGGUGUAUUUUAAGUUGUUAUGUUGUAGGAAGAACAUCAUUUACCUCCACCAAAAAAUAAAAAUAGUAAAGGUCAGCUGGCAGAAGCUAACAAAUUUAUAUGUAGCUCUAGGGAACUAUAUGACCUGUAAAAGGAAGAGGAAGUUCUGUUUUUGCUGGUGGUGGUCAUUUCAUGUAGAGUCGAGCUUCUCUGUAAAGUUAGUAUAUUUAAAUAAUUUGGAGUAAUAAUCUGGAGAGAAAAAGCUGGGCUGCAGAUGAGAAUCAGCUUCUGGGGAGGUAGGUCUAGGAUAGGAAGCUGCCAACUUCCAGGCUCUUUGACUUCUAGUAUACAAUGUUGUCCUUAUUCAUGGUCUCUCACAGGCAGAACAUGAUAGAAUUUUCCCCUUAACCCUGCAUUUGCACAGCUCAAAUAUAUGAAAAACUUGUAUGUGUUGAAGAGUACUAAGCAUUUACACUCUGAAUAGUUUUGACCAUAACUGCUUUGCCUUCCAGUUUAAACCUAAUUCUUCAGAAAUCAUGAAGAACUAGAUUUCAUUCAUUAGACCUGUAAUUUUUUGCAAAUUCGAUUUUGGCAAGUUUUAGUUCCAGUAACAGACUGGAAUAAGAGCUAUUGUAAACAAAUGUAAGCAACUGGACAGUGAAAGUUGAUAUUGGAUUAAUAGUAAUCCUAUGUAUAACUUUGAGUAUCUGUGCAAUGUUGCUGUGAAUCUCUAUUGUCUUAUGAUUGUUUAAUUCCCCUAUGCUUAGCUAUCUACUAGUAAUUGAUAUUAUUAGAAAAUAUUUAAAUAUUGGCAUUUAAGCAAAUUAGGUGCUUAGGAACAAAGAAUAGGUUUGAAGAAACAUUAGAUGGCACAAAUGAGAGAGAUUUUGAUGUAUUGAAAUCUCAUUUUGGUAUUUUUUUAGAAUUUAGGUCUUUCCUAGUCAUGUGUUCUGAGAGCCAGUAGAGUUGAUAUCAACUGGCAUCUUGUUAAAAAUGCAGAAUUUAAGGGCCAGACCUAUUGAGUCAUAAUUGGCACUCCAACUAGAUCCAACUGAUUUCAUGAACAUUAAUAUUUGAGAAGAGAGUAUUAGAGUGCAAACAAAUUACUUGUCUAAUGCAUAGGCUCUCAGCUUGAUCAAGUAUAUUACAUACUAGAUCAUUAUAAUCGUCAUUGUUUUUGACAGCUAUUUAACUUUUUACUAACAUGAUAAAGGACUUAUUAAAUCUUCUAAGUCUGAAUUUGUAAUGAUUCUCAUUUACUUCUGCAUUGAAAAUGUAACAUUUUGUACUUUUCUUGCUAAUCAUAAGUGAAAUCAGAUGUUUAGACGCCUACAAUUUUAAGUAUGAAAGUUUAUCCCUUUUGUACUUAAAUUUUUGCACAAUGUACAACAGAUUUGUGUGUGUAUUCUUU